AUGGAGUUUAAGACCAUAGGAAAUCUUGAUAUACCAUUGCUCGUCCUGGGUGUGUAUGAGCAGCCAAGUGUUGCAGAACUUCCCUCAUUCACCACUUCACACUUGCGUCCAAUACAUCGAUCUUCAACCGUCGCAGAUUCUGCAUUAAAUAUUCCUCCAUUACCAAUUUUAUCUGUUUCACCACCACCAAAUCCCAACGUUCCAUCACAACAGCAACAACAACAAUCAUUCUCUGCAACAGAAUCAAUUAUUGUAGCUCUUGGAGUUUUGGUUGGUGCUGCUGCAUCGCAAUUAACUCCUAUGCAACAUUCUUCACCGAAUAAUCUAACAGUACAACGUGUUUCUACAAGAAAUUCUUCAUCAUGCUUAACUUCUUCGAAUCAAACUCGUGGAGAAGAUCGCGAUGACAAUGAGCAUCAAGAUCCAAUAAUAAUCAACCGUGCAGCAUUGUGUGGUCGUUUUAACCGACAGCCGCAACAAUGUCAUCCACUAACAAGAUACGACGAUCUCUCUGCUUGUGACAUGCUUCCACUGAUACAUCAUCGAGACCGACAUAAUCAAACGCCCAUUCAGUCACAACAAGCUCAAUUGCAUCAUCAUCACAAAUUUUUAACCCAUCGGCUCAACUCAAUUUAUCAUUUCAGCAAGGUAAGUUAUUAGACUUUUAAUUUAUUAUGUUACCCUAGUGAAUGUACUUGAGUCAAGUACUUGGGUUAAGUAAUGAGGACCGUACUUAGGAACUUUUCCAAGUAAAUUUACUUGUCAAAUA